CUCGUGGUAUAAAUGCAUACGGGAAGCGCGUUUAUAUUUUGAAUCUAAUCCGCUCUAGGAGGAUGUUUUAAUUAUGAUAUUUAAACAAUGGUGACGAGAGCGCAUUGUUUUUUGGGAUAAUAAUCCAGUUAACGAAAAGUUAGGAGUGAGUUUAAGUGAAAUAUAGAGUUUGUGCAGUCAAAUUUGUUUGAUAUAGAUCCAAUCAAUCAAGAUGUCGAAAAUAGCGAAAAUCUCGGUCGAAAAGUUCGACAGCAAAGAACAAAUCCUCUACGAUUUCGACAAAACUAAAGGCCUGGAAGAAAACAUCUUGAACGUGUGCCGCAAAGUGGGUUUACCGGAAUCCUCGAAAAUCUACGGCCUGAAAUAUUUGCCGACGAAAACCAACGAUAAAAAUCACUAUUUAUCCAAAAGCAAUUUCGAAGAAGUUAAGCAUAGCGAUUGCUUAAAGGUUGUUUUUUCUGUUAAUUAUAUAAUUAAUCGUACUAUAAUGAACGUAAGGCAAGAGAAUUUGGAUUUAAGGCGAAUAGCAUUUGACGAUAUUUUUAAAUUAAGUUUGGACCCGGUAUUUAUUGAAGAGCUUGCUUUAGCAGCAUAUGACAAAUUUCUGAUAGAUGUUUUGAUCAAGGACAUUCUAUCAUCAGAAGAACAAUUAGGCCUAUUAAAAACCAUUGUACAUUUAUUCAGCAAAAACUACAUCCAAGAUACUACGCAAGACAUUUUAACAAAAUCCAUAAACAUUCUAAAAAACACUGACACAACUAAUGAAGAAAUUCGAUUCACCUUAUCGCUACUUCAUAAAAUAUUAAUAAGCGCAAACUCAGCAUUUGAUCAAUGGAAAGAAAAAAUCAUAAAAGAAAUUCCUUUGACAGAAAUAAACGUUUAUACUUGGAGGGAUACUUCUAGAGAGUUACAAUAUAGUGCUUUAUUGCUUAUUAAUACCAUCAUCAAAGGCUGCAAGGGCGAGAAAAAGUUGCAAUUAAUUAAAGAAAUGAAUUACAGAAGAACCAGGGAAAAUAUUUAUAAUAACAUCAUCAAUACCGAUGACAAAUUAGAUAAAAAUAUGGAACAUGAAUUGUACGUGCUUCAAACGUAUUUAUUGAGUUUGUUCAACGAAGCUUUGCAUAGUAAAAUCAGUUUGGACGAUAAUAGUUUAUUUAAACGUGAGGAAUUCGAGCUUUGCACAGAAGAUAUGAGACGAAUUACAAUCCUUAUGGAUUUUGAUGAAAAUAAUUUACAAAACUAUGACUUUUUUUCAGUUGAAAAUUUAGCCUUCAACACCGGAAACCAUAGAAUUUCAAUAGCAUCAACCGAUGAAAUUUCCAGCAAACGUAGCUCAUCAAAAUAUUUCCUAGAAAAUGACUAUUUCGACAACACAAUCAGCCACCUCACCCUAGAAGCUCUCAGGCACUACAAAAAUAUACACCCGAAAAACUUUUACCAAUCCCAAAUAGAAGAACAACUUUAUGAACCUGGAAUAUUUGCUACCAGCGAAAGAGUGGUAAGAAUGCUAGCCAGAAUGCUUCAUAUAGGCAUGGACCCUCCUGACAGCAAAAGCACAUUUUACCAACCUGUUGUUUAUUAUUGUUCACCUAAAACCCCAUUUUUUCUGGAACUAUUUUCCCGUACAAUGUGGCUACUUUCGAGAACUAGGCGUGAAAUGAAGGCUUCUAGAUACGCUGACUAUGAAAAAGUGAUGUACGUGUUACAAAAACAAGUUAAAUUGGCUCUAAAAAAUAAGCCAAUGGAUUUUAAACAAUUGACUGCUGAAUUAACCGAAACAUCUUUUAAAAUUGUUUUGGAAAAAAUUCAACAAGACAAAGAAGAUGAAAUGAAAAGUUUAAUUGAUAACCAUCCAUGUAUUCAAGAUUUAAAACUAAAAUAUUCAAAGGAGAAUGAGUUGAAUGUUUUUCAACAAAGAGUGAAUAGUUUGUUGCAAGGGGAACAUUUUCCUAAAGUCUUGGAAAAAAAGGUGCACGGCACUAUUUUCGUAAAACUAAGCAAAAAUUUAAAAGAGCUUUUAGUUUACGACAACAAUAGCUUCAAAGAAAAACACAUAAUCGAAGACAUAACUCACGUGGUCAUCGGCAAAAACUGUCAACAUUCGAAUCUAUGUCACAACCCUUCGCUGGCUUUUGCCAUUAUAGUGGAGCAUGAGCAAAAAAUCAAAUUCAUCGCCAAAGAUGAAAAGACUGCUUGUUAUUGGACGGACGCUUUGUUGCUUUUAACAAACAAAAACGUCACGGCUGAUAAACUGAGCAAAUAUUAUUCUGAAGAGCUCAAUGAGCUUGUAGUGAUGGACAUAAGACUUCAAUUGCUGGAAUUGCAAAAUGUUGUGAUACCUAAAAGUGCUCCGCCAGUACCACCAACGCCGGAAAUUACUAGGCCUGAUAUUCCGCCGAAACCUAAACCUAGAAAGACAUUGAUGUAGUUGUGUAUAAAAUGCUUUUGAAUACAAUUUCGUGUCUUUUUUUUACAGUAACCUCGACUUUGGGCCAUAAGUUGGUGGAUGAAAUCAAUAUUUGACAUAAACGUUCUUUGAUCGAUUAUCUAGGAUUUUGAUGCUCUUACAAUUUUCACAGAAAAAUUUCUAUGAAUAUUUCAAGACUAAAUAUUGCUGAAAAUUUAAAUCCCAUUUUAUAUUGUUUUAGUUGUGAAUUCUUGAUUAAGCAAUUAUUAGCAAAAGAUAAUUGAGCAAUUAGCAAAAAGAAAUUGGUUCGGUGACUCAAUAUUUACAUAAAAAAAGAUGUUCUGCUGAUUUCAUCAAAUUAAUUCAUUGAAAUCAGAAAAUAAUCAUUUUCUACCUUAUAAAAGAAAAUUUAAUGUAUAAACCUUGAGAUCUUAAAGUGCCUAAAAGUAUUUUUCAGAGACAAUUAUAUUUUAGGUUUUCUUAUUUGAUUAUCAAUGGAUGGAACUCUUAAAUUCUCUUCAAGUUUGUUUUGCCCUAUAGAAAAGACGCUGUGUCUCUUAUGCCUAUAAUGAUUUUUCAGAGACUGUCAAAAACGAUUCUAUGGAAUCUUCCCAAUUUUCUUGAAAGGUCUCAUGAAAAUUUUCUCAGUAUUUCUUAUCUCUAUAGGGUCCUUUUCCGGUUUACUUGACACUAUAAAAAAGAUUUUCUUCUAUAAAUCCUGAAAGUUUCUUCU